AUGUAUGUGAUCAGAUCAAGUCUAUCUAGUCGCUUGUACAAGACGUGGACACCAUUCCCUCCUACACGGAUGGAGGUGCAAGAUCAACGUAAUAUGGUGAGCAAACCGUUUGACAAAGAAACGAACGUUUCGCAUGCUCAUACGCAAGUCAAAAAGACGAAGGUUCGCAUUCCAGCUCUUCUCCUCGACCGCGUCUCUUGA